CCCUUUUCUUUUUCUUAUCAGUUGUUGAGGCAGACUAGGAUAAGCCAAUCACGAGGCUUAAGAUUAAUCUUCUUCCAUACACAUCACUACUCGGUAAACCAAACGAAGCUUAUUCAAACGAACACGCUCCAUCGCGCAUGGAAUCGUCUCUCUCUAUCUCUCUCGCGUCGUAUAUGAACGUGUUGAGAAUCAAAGAGAAUUGUUGAAGGAGAGCGAGUGGGCGGGUUAGUCUAUGUCUGGUCUUCCUUUUGAAAAUACUUUGAAGCCAGGGUUAUACUUAUACCGUACUAAUUUCAUCUUUCCAGCGAAGGACUUGUUCCAUUAAUAGUUAGUUUUGAAAAUAUGGCAUCACCCCAUAAUACUACGCACUCUGAAGCUGCGAGAUUGGAACAAAUAAUCACUGAGUUCUAUACUAAAAGUCUCCACAUUAUACUUGAAUCGAGGUCUCCUUAUAUGUCCUCGCGCAAUUUUAGCGGUGAGCAAGUCAUGUCUUCUCCAUCUUCAUCCUCCUCCUCCUCGUCAAGUGUUAGACCAAGAGAUAAAUGGUUCAAUUUAGCACUUAGGGAACGUCUAGAUGUCUUAGAAAAUCUUGAUCUCUGGCACCAGAGCAAUCUUGAGCCCAUGGUGGUUGAUGUAAUUUUAGUGCAGAGGCAACUUCAAUGGGAGUCAGUUUCCCCAAAAAGGGAUCUUGUUACGAAUUUGUUCACGAAAGAGCGAAGUCCAUUUUGUUGGAAUUCUGAUCAGGAAGACUUUGGGUGCGAAGCGAAGAGUGAGAAGGUCAUAGAGAGAUGGAUUGUGCAGUAUGAGAGUCGAAAACCUAGGGACUGUGGUUCAGGGAGUAGAAGAUCAAGUAACACUUUGCAUACCUUGUAUAAGAAAUCGAUACUACUCUUAAGGUCAUUGUAUGUCACUGUCAGGCUUUUGCCUGCUUAUAAGAUUUUUCGUGACCUCAAUUCAUCUAGUCAUAUUUGCUCGUUUUCUCUAGCUCAUAAAGUCUCUUCUUUUCUCGAGCCUUUUGCUCGAAAAGAAGAGGCAGAAAUGCAGCGAUUUGCGUUUACCCCUGUGGAUACUCCUUGUGGUAGGCUUUGUCUUUCGGUGUUGUACCGAUCCUCACUCUCAGACGUAAGCUCUGAACCAUCAACGCCUAUGUCUUCCCAAUUUAUACCCGAUUAUGUUGGGAGCCCGUUGGCUGACCGACUGAAGAUAUUCUCCUCACUACCUGUGUAUCCAUCGUCUCUACCAUUCUCAAGACGGCAUAGCUGGAGUUAUGACAUUGACAAAGCCUUGUCGCCAUCAAUUUCUUUUUCACCAUCACCUACAUAUUCAGAACCACGAGGUUCACAUUCAAACACUUUUUCCCAUCGUCCUCCUACUAUGAGCUUGCCUCCUCAUCCCCCUGAGACAUCUCUGGCUCAUAAGAAGAGCACUAGUUAUGAUGACUAUAGUCCAUCCCCUAUCUUUACACCCUCUCCGUCCCCAUCACCGCCAAUCUAUAUUCCUGGAAGAUAUAUUUCAAAGGCUCUUCUACAAUCUGGGAGUGCUCCUGUCGGUAUACCUGCAACUAAGCUUUCCAAUAUUUCUGCAUUGUCCCAGAAGCCAAAUAUUUUCACAAGUUCUCCCUUUGAAGGUACGAGAUCUGGCAUUGCUGAGGCUGAAAAAAGUGCUGGUACAGCUGAGACUCAUGGUGCUGUAGAAAAGUUGUCCCAUCAUGCAAAAGAUGAAGCUAUAAAGUACUCCAGCGUUAAAAUAUCGUCACAGAUUUCAUUUUCCAAAAGUCCCAGUAGGUAUUUCCAGGAGGAUUUUGAUGAUCCUGAGUUUCGUUGCCGAUUUGAUGUGGAGGAUGAUGAUAUGACAGAUCCAGUAAGCAGACCAGAAUCUUUUGAUAAAAAAUGUCAGCUCUAUGAUCCAGUUGAUCCUGGGGGAUUGUUUCCGAUAAAAUCCCAAGGUGCUGCAGUUGGUGAGCUUGUCCAUAUGUUGAAGAAAGCACCUCCUCUCCGUCAAGACUUCUCACAAGUCUCUGAGCCUGAAACUUGGAUUAACAACUUUCAAGAAGCUAAUCAAAUCUCUGACACACAUCCAUGUAACCAUACUGCUUCUUCAAGUGUUACAUAUUCUAGGCCUGUCGCAUCAAAGACAACAGCUGAUGCAUUACAAGAACUCCGGACUUAUGGAAAGAUAAAAAACUCAUUGCUUAGUCAAGGUGGUAGGUCUCUCACUUCUGCUGGCUCUUCUUCUACAUCAGAACCUUCAAGCAGAGGUACAACUUAAUUUUGAACUCCUGCUAAUACUUAACCUUUGAUAUAUCACUAUAUCUAUACAGCAUUAUCCUUUUGAAAGACUGCUUCAUGCUAGACAGUAGACAGCUGAAGCAUUUUCUAUCAUCUUUAGUUCCCUCACCUUUUCUGUUCCAAUGUGUGUAUAUAUAUAUAUAUGCCUAUAUGGACCAUACAUAAAUGUGCAAAAAAGAUGAAGUUUUUCCAUAUGGUUUUAUGCAGUAUGCGAAAGGUUUUACUUUCGCUCGGACAUAAAUAAAUGUAAAGAGAAUACACCAUAUCAGAUUGCUUAUAACUGAUUUAUAUUUUGUAGUACCCUUGUUUGGCUGCUGGGUCAUCCCUGUGAUAUACUAAUGCUCUGUUCUUUAUCGUA